CUCCGGUAUCAGUUCCCUCAGUAACUUGUAUUCGACGCUUUGUGUCAAUCAGAUUCAGCAGUGAGUGUUUUAGAUAAAGUUGACUGGUGUUACUGACUGACGUUGUAAGAAACAGUGUAAAGUGAAAAUGGGUGAAUUUCUGGAACUUCCGCAAAUGAAACAACAGGUAUUUUCUGGCGUUUACGAGUUCAAGCAGAUAAAACAAGAGGCCGACAGUACCUCUCCUCUCCUCACUCCUCCACAUACCCCCACCUAUCCCAAUAUGUCACCUCCCUUGGCUAAUAUGUCCUGCGAAACUUGGUAUCGUUCGGAACAAAUGGAGCCGUCGUUUCAUCACUACCCAGUGAUGCAAUCGUAUCCCACGUACAACGUUGUUUUCAUGAAUCAAUGGUUGAGGAAUGCAGCUAUUUACCAUGCCAGAAAUCAGUUCCAAGAUAUGAGAAUGCCGAACAGAAGCCCCGUGGGACCCAAGGUGGUGGGAUCUGCAAGACCUAAAAAGCAGUUUAUUUGCAAGUAUUGCAAUAGGCAGUUUACGAAAAGUUACAAUUUGCUGAUACAUGAAAGAACUCACACUGAUGAAAGACCGUAUUCCUGUGAUAUCUGCGGAAAAGCCUUCAGGAGACAAGAUCACCUCAGAGAUCAUAGAUAUAUCCACAGCAAGGAAAAACCAUUCAAAUGCAACGAAUGUGGCAAAGGAUUCUGUCAGUCUCGAACACUUGCAGUUCAUAAAAUUCUUCAUUUGGAUGAAUCGCCCCACAAAUGCCCCGUAUGUAACAAAUCUUUCAACCAACGGUCCAACUUGAAAACUCACAUGCUGACGCAUACGGAUCACCCUGUGGAAUGCGUUGCGUGUUCACAGUUUUUCGCAAAUUGUACAGAACUGAAAAACCAUGAAAUGCUACACUGUCAAGGCAAGUCAUCUGAAGUACGGAUAUCGGAUAGGGAGAGAACCAGCCAAUCCAGCACAUGCCUAGAUUUGACGACGAAAAGGGAUUUCUGUGGCGGUACUUCCAAAAGUCCUACGGUUAAGUUAGGCUUCUCAAUUGAGGAUAUUAUGAAAAGAUGAACUAGGCAGUGAAAUGUGUUGUAUUGUUACUCUCUAUCGAAUUACCAAAGAUGUUAGUUAUUCCUACCUCUCUCUUAGACUGAUCAGCAAGAAAUAAUGUUACCAAUUAUUUGCCCAAUGAUCUCCAGUUCCAUUGAAUUUAUUCAGUAUUUUUAUUAUAGUUAGUUAUACCUGAGCGUACUUAUUUAUUUCUCAUUGAAUGGACAUUUGGUUUCGUGAAGAGCAAAUUGGUGUGAGUUGAGUAGAGAUUUUUGUUAAAAUAAAUAUAUAUUUCCUGA